AUGGCGUUUGUGACCUUCCCAUCCUGCGAGGAAGCUAUGGCGGCCAUCCGAUGGGCUAAGGAUACCUGCCCGACGCUGCAUAAGCGGAAACUGACGGUGAAGGAGGCAGAUCCAUGGCACGAAGCGAACUUGCUGCAGCCAAGGCCGCGGCCAGAUCCGUUUCCGGGUUGGGAGCGCCCUUACUCCCCUCCGUUGCCGACGGAGGUAGUAACCCGCAUCGCUCGCUUCCUCCAGUUCAAGGAUCGUGCACGCAUGGAGUGUGUGUGCCGGGGUUGGAGAGCAGGAGCUCUCGCCUCGUAUUCGACCAUCCACGAUUUUGACCUGCAGGAUUGGCGCUGGCCCGAAUAUCAAUUUGGUAGGCGAAUGACGACCGACACCUUCUAUUGGGCUAUCAAAAGGAUGGGCCCCUAUAUCGACAGCCUACGCCUAUUCGAUCGAGCGGUGACUGGCAACCUUAGCCCCCAGGCACUUGCUAUCGCUGUAAGAGGUUGCCCCUUCUUAACAAACGUCGAUUUAUCCGGAGCAACGAUCCGUCCUCCCGCGAUACGCGACUUAAUUCCGAUAGCCGCGAACUUGCGAAGGAUUUCUUUGGGACCCUGUCAUGGACGCUUGGAUCCGGAGUUGACGGGGUUGCUUGGAGCGGCGACGCAGCUCCUGGAUUUCGAGGCGAAAGCAACGGAGUUCCGGGGGAAGUCGUUGCUUCAGGUGACCCCGGCACUCAGGACCUUGCGGCUCUGCCAGUGUCCGUCGGUGCUUCCGACGCCGUUAGCAGGCGCAUUAGGUCGAUUAAGCGCUCUCGCCGCUCUCGAGCUCUCCCACUGCGACGGACUGACAUCAGAAGAGCCAUUGCAUCAGCUUGUUGCAAAUCAGGCUCUCCACACCACCUUGGAGGACCUAAGGAUCAUUGGAAUAAGUUUCGAUCCUAUUAUGUUAGAUCCGGAGCUAGAGGAUAUCGAGGUGCCGGAAGACCUACAAGCACCGUACGUAGAGCUGAACAUAGGACCAGCGAAUGCGGGAACUUCGUUAGCGGAGGCGUUCACUCGUCUCCAUACCCUGCAUCUGCGUUUCUGCGGUUGGGUGUCGAAUUCCCUACUAGUCCAAAUUGGGGAACACUUGAAAGAACUUGAGCGAUUGGAUCUGUCAGGUUGCUCUAAUAUACGCGGGCAGUUCGCCCUGGAAGAACUGGCGACGUUACAUAAACUGAGGGAAAUACAUUUGUGCAAUCUGCACCCUUCGGUAGGCAUUCAACCCCUAGGGUCAAUAAGGACCUUGCAGGAGGUCCAGUGUAGGGACUCCUCUGGAAUAACCGAUGAAGAUGUGUGCCAAGUGGUAAGGGGUUGCCCGGCUCUUACGCGCCUUAACGUCGAAGGUUGCCAGGGGGUGACGCAACAAACCGUUGUAGGCGCUACCGAAAUAGUACGCCGAGAAGGAAGAUCCGCUGUGUUGAGCUUGUGGGUGGGCGAAACGGGCGCUGAUCGAUUCGCGAGGGUCCGACAAUCCCUAUUGCUUCGGGUUUUCUUCGAUCGGGCGUAUCAGCCUAUUUUAGCGUAA